UAAUAAAUGAGUAAAGGGAUUGGUGCACAUCUAGAUAAGGCUGUGAAAUUGAAGAUCUAUCAAUAGAGAGCAAACAAAUACAAUUAAGAAUUUGAUAAAUUAGAGGUAGUAUUUUAUCGAUAUCUAUUAUUUCUUAUUAAAUAGGAAUAAGGACAUGAUCCUGAUAAGAUCCCUGUAAUUUUAGCUGAGGAAGAAUAUAAGAGAAGACAUGCCAAUGAUCCUUAAGAACCUUUACCUUUUGAACGUAGUGAUAAAGUAUUACCAAUAACUGGGUCAACUCAUCUUGGAUUUGAUAAAGCUCAUACAAAUCCAUCUUCAGCUAAAUAGAUGAUGCAAAUUUAGGAAGAGAAAAUGCAAAAAAUAAAAACAAUUAAAUAAUCCGGAGGAAAAUUACCUGUAGAUGGUAAAACAGUUAUAUCUAUUAUAUAAGAGGUACAUAAGGCAUAGAAAGAACAUGAGAAAAAUAUGAAAGCUCGUAUAUAAUAUGAUCAUAUAAAUGAUUUACAUCAAAUGUAAUAAUCUGAUCCAAAUGCUAAGAAAUCUGCAUAUUAAUAACAUCAUGGUAUAUUAAUUAUUUGAUUUAGUGUUUACAAAAUAUAUGUAAGAUGAAUGUGAUCAUUAGAACUUUGAUUAUCAUUAGAUGAAAAAUGACUUAAAAUAAUACCAUGAAGCAUUCGUUAUAUGUCAAAAAACACUAAGAAAAUGAA